UGGGGCCCGGAGGGAGGGAGGCAGGAAGGAGGAUCCUGGAGAGGCGCCGGGGCUGACUGCGUGUUCUUCAAAGCCAGCGUCCUCCUCAGAGCACCCAUAUAAAGGCACAGCAUUCUUCAAAAAAAAACCUGUACCUGAUAGGAACUGCAUAUUAAUUUCAUUGGAUGAAAACUGUGUAUUAGCAGCAGGAGCGAGCGAGGCCCGAGAGCGCCAUGAGCACGCCCACCGUCGUCCCCAGCGCCGCGGGCCCGGGCCCGGGUCCGAGCGGCGGCGGAGGCCCGGGCGGCGGCAGCGGCGUGCCCGGGGGCGGCAGCGGCGGCGGCACCGAGGUCAUCCAGGUGACGAACGUGUCCCCGAGCGCCAGCUCGGAGCAGAUGCGGACUCUCUUCGGCUUCCUGGGCAAGAUCGACGAGCUGCGCCUCUUCCCGCCCGAUGACUCGCCUUUGCCAGUAUCCUCACGUGUCUGUUUUGUAAAGUUCCAUGAUCCAGACUCAGCAGUUGUGGCACAGCAUCUGACAAACACUGUGUUCGUUGACAGAGCUUUGAUAGUCGUUCCCUAUGCAGAAGGAGUUAUUCCUGAUGAGACUAAGGCUCUGUCUCUGUUGGCACCAGCUAAUGCAGUGGCAGGUCUUCUGCCUGGUGGUGGACUUCUGCCAACCCCCAACCCCCUUACCCAGAUUGGUGCUGUUCCUCUGGCUGCUUUGGGGGCCCCUGCUCUGGACCCUGCCCUUGCUGCUCUAGGGCUUCCUGGAGCGAACUUGAACUCCCAGUCUCUUGCAGCAGAUCAAUUACUGAAGCUAAUGAGCACGGUGGAUCCUAAGUUGAACCAUGUCGCUGCAGGUCUUGUUUCACCAAGUCUAAAAUCAGAUACCUCUAGUAAAGAAAUAGAGGAGGCAAUGAAAAGAGUGAGAGAAGCGCAGUCACUGAUUUCCGCUGCAAUAGAGCCAGAUAAGAAAGAAGAAAAACGGAGGCAUUCGAGAUCAAGGUCACGUUCCAGGAGGAGGAGGACUCCUUCGUCUUCCAGGCAUAGACGAUCGAGAAGCAGGUCCAGAAGGAGAUCACAUUCUAAGUCAAGAAGUAGGCGACGAUCCAAAAGUCCACGGCGGAGAAGAUCUCAUUCUAGAGAGCGGGGCCGAAGGUCCAGGAGCACGUCGAAAACCAGAGACAAAAAGAAAGAAGAAAAAGAAAAGAAGCGUUCUAAAACGCCACCCAAAAGCUACAGCACGGCGCGGCGGUCGCGGAGCACGAGCCGGGAGAGGCGGCGCAGAAGGAGCCGCAGCGGAACCAGGUCGCCCAAAAAGCCCCGCUCUCCGAAGAGAAAACCGUCUCGCUCCCCGUCGCCCAGAAGACACAAAAAAGAAAAGAAAAAGGAUAAGGACAAAGAGAGGCGAGACGAACGGGAGCGAUCGACCAGUAAGAAGAAGAAAAGCAAAGAGAAAGAGAAAGAGCGGGAAAGGAAAUCAGAGAGCGACAAAGACGUCAAACAGGUGACGAGAGAUUACGAUGAAGAAGAACAGGGCUACGACAGUGAGAAGGAGAAGAAGGAGGAGAAGAAGGCCCCCGAGGUGGGCGUGGGCUCCCCCAAGGCCACGGAGCCUUCGGUGGAGAAGGGCAGCGGGGACUCCCUGCGAGAGUCCAAGGUGAACGGGGACGACCACCACGAGGAGGACAUGGACAUGAGUGACUGAGGGGGGGCCGUGCCCCCGCCCGCCCAGCUGUGGACGUGCCUCGGUGUCAUUCCUCACAUGGUCUCUGUCUGCCCUGUUUGUUCCCCCAAACCUAGAUGUAUCUAGCUCUGAGCUCCAAGUGGUUCCUCCCGGCCGGGGUGCCCUGGGCCCCCCUACUGUGCUGGGGCUGCCGGCGGGCACAAGCGUGACCAGCUGCAUGCAUCUCCAGCAGGCAUGGAUUGUGGAUGUUGUAUGAUCUCUCCUCCUUUAUUAAAUAAGCUCAUGUAGACAAUUUCUAGAGUUUGAUUCCUUACAGUACUAGAGCCGUAUAGGGAAUGCACUGAUUGCAUGUUAAUUGUGGCAGGAAUAUCCUCAGUGUUUCUUUCAGUCUACAUCAUAGAAAGGAGUCUGCUUAGGGCCUUCAGUGGGUCAACAUGACAAAAUUAACAUUCAUCGUUAACAUCGAGAAUCUCCUAGGAGCCUCGUGGCUGAUUUUUCUGUGUGGUUUGACUUUCAAAGGUUAAAGAUGCACUCGACCUUUUUUCUUUUUUUUUUUUCCAGUUUCUCACCCCCCGCCCCCCCAAAAAAAUCUCUACUGGUAGCAAAUAGCAUAUUUUGAAAUGGAGUUCUACAUUUUCCCUAACAUCUACAUUGGGAGUUAAGGUUUCUUGUAAUAUUAAUUUAUCAGCACCCAUCUCUGAAACUUACUUUGUAUUGAUUUCCAUUCAUCCUGUUGUACAGUUUUUGUUUUGUUUUUCUUCUGAUUCUUACUGUUUUGAACUCAGUGUUGGGGGGAGGGAAGGUAGUGCAUUUUUAAUUGACAUUUGUAUGCUUUUAAAACAAUUCUUCUUGAUAAUGUCCUUUUUAUUUGAUCUCAAGUUGUAUAAACUAAUAAAUUUGUGUUAACUGUCCCUGCAGUAGUAAUCUCACACACAGUGACUCCAGGUUAUAUGCAUAGUUAGGAAAGCUGUUUUCUUAGUUACCCAGUUCCAGAGCUUUUACUUUUGUGCAGGUAAAAACAGAAGUAGGCGACAUACAGUCUGUGCCAUGUUGAUGUACAGUUUCUGAAAUUGUUUUACAAGACUUUGAUAAUAAAACCCUGAAACUUAAGCUCAUGUUCCUGUAAAACUGUACUUGUAUUCAUUUACACUUCUGAAUGUAUGAAAUUUACCUCAUUUAUCUAAGGAAUUUGAUUUUUCUCUCCAUGUACGUAAGCAAGGUACCAGAUGACCAAGUUCAUCUCUGUCAAGAUUUAGAGUAGGACAUCGUAAAACUCAAAUUGCUUUUACAUGAGAUUUUUCCUCCAUUUUCUUGUCAUUUUUUCCUCAUGGGAGGUGGGAGGGCAUUGAAACAAAGGUGAGCUUUAAUGGACUGUAGUGUUUUUCCAUUAAGGAACAGCCCCACCCAUGUCCAGUACAUUUUAUAUUUUCAAUGAAAUCUAAAAAACACAUGCCUUUUCUGGAAUGUUAUUAAAUGAUUAGUGUCAAGGGUGUGUUAUCUAGUGUACAAUUCUUCAGUGGCAUAUUUAUUGAGUGGUUCCAUGCAUAUUGUUUGUUCAGGUGGGUGGCAGGGAAAUGAGAGAAAAGACUUGGUGCUUUUAGAUUUUUAACCAAGUCAAAAUCUAAAAAUCGUUUUUAACUGCCUUUUUAUCACAGGCAUUUUACAGUUUGCCAUAUAUGAAAGCAGCAUCAUUUUUAGAGUUUAUAGAAUGUAACUUUUUUUUAAAAAAAAAAAGAAUUUUGCCUAUACAAUAUAUAAAGUUAGUGAGUUGGUAAAUGAAGGUCCUAAGUAAUGACUGCUUUUGAAAAUAAAUAAAACUGUUAAAUGUGUGA